CGGUGUUUGAUUUGAUUUGAAUUUAUUGAGUUUAUUUAAUUUUACUUAAUUUUAUUUUAUUUAAUUUAAUUUAAUUUAAUUUAUUUAUUUGAUUGAUUUGAUUGUAUUGGGUUAUUGUAUAGAAUUUAUCUGGAUUAAGCGUGAUUCCUAAUGGCUUCACCAAGUUCAAAGUCCGGUCUUACGGCUAACUUAAUUACUACAGUUGCAAUUAUAUGUUUAGGAUCAUUACAAUUUGGUUAUCAUAUGGCAGAAUUAAAUUCUCCCGAAUUAGUUCUUUCAUGUCGUAGAUCAGUUCCUGGUAAAGUUGCUUAUAAACAUUCUUGGUUUGGUCAACAUGGAUUUGUUCAAUGUAUUCCUUUAGGUCCUGAACAAAUUGGUUUAGUUACUUCAAUAUUUAGUAUUGGUGGAUUAGUUGGUUCACUUUAUAUAGGUUCUAUUGCUGAUUCAAUUGGUAGAAAGAAAGCAAGUUUAUUACAUUGUGUAUUCUUUUUCUUUGGUUCUACUAUCAAUGGUCUUAGUAAUGAUUAUUUUGCUUUAUUAUUUGGAAGAUUUGUUUGUGGUUUAGGAGCUGGUGCAGCUAUUGUUAUAACAUCCUUAUUAAUUAAUGAAAUAUCUCCUGCAAAUUCUAAAGGUUUAUUAGGUUCAAUGAAUCAAUUCAGUAUUAAUAUCGGGAUAUUAUUUACUCAAUUGUUAUCUUUAUCUUGGAGUACCAAUAAUUCAUGGAGAUUAUUAUUAUUUAUGGGAACUAUACUUUCAGUGAUAACAUUUAUUUUAGUAUUAAUUUAUGUUGAAGAAUCUCCAGUUUGGUUAUCAAAUAAUGGUCAUCAUACUCAGGCGUUUACUGUUCUUCAUAGAUUGAGAGGUGGAAGUUAUAGUGAUUCUACUAAUGAAGUUAAUAGUUGGAAGACCUCAAAUUCAAGUGCUGAAAGUGGAGGUUUAAUGGCUGGUGAUAGUGAUUCAGGAGGAGCAUUAGAAGAAGGUGAACCUAUUCCAAAAUCAGAAUCUUCAGCAGUUACAUUAAAAGAAUAUUUAGUAAAUCCCGAAUAUAAUAAUUCUAAGAUUGUUGCCACAGGUAUUUUAAUCUUUCAACAAUUUGAUGGUAUUAAUUCAAUAAUUUUUUAUGGAGUAUCAGUAUUAAUAUCUAUUUUCCCUAAUCAUUCUAUUAUUAUUAAUUGUUUAAUAUCAGUGGUCAAUGUUGUUGUUACAUUUGUUUCAGCAACUAUCGUUGAUAGAUUGGGUAGAAAACCAUUAUUAUUGAUAUCGGUUCUGUUUUUAGGAAUUCUGUCCACUCUAAUGGGUAUUGGAAUAAUAUAUUCCAAUUCUUUAAUAUCAAUAAUUGGUACAUUUACCUAUAUUACAUUCUUUGCUAUCGGAUUGGGUCCUAUACCAUUCUUAUUAGUUGGAGAAGUUACUCAACCUCAAGCUAAAGGUCUGGCACAAAGUUGGGGUACAACUAUGAAUUGGUUGGCUACAUUUAUAGUAGGAUUUAUAUUCCCAAUAUUAAAGAAUUCUUGGAUUGGUGGUGGGGUUUAUUUCAUAUUUACAUUUAUGUGUAUCCUCAGUUACUUGUUUGUUAAAAAGUAUAUACCAGAAACCAAGGGACUUCAUUCAUAUGAAGAAGUCUGGCUCGGCCAUAAUUAAGUAAAUUAAUUAAUGUGAAUUAUAUACGUAUUAUGUAUAUAUAUAUAUAUAUAGUAUCACUAUUUAGGUUGCUGAUAAAUCUAUGUUUUGCUAAUGAUGAUUCACAG